CUUCUCCUCCAGCUAUCACCACCCUCCGUUCUCUUUCUCUCCCCUCCUCUCCACACUCGCCUUGCUAUUCUUUUCAUACCAUAUCCUCCCGCAUUCUCGUUUAUCUCGCUCAUCUCGUUAUCGUUCUACUCGUUUACUCGACUCCACAACUCCCCUCUCGCUACCAUGGCCGACCAGCAGCAGCAGCAGCAGCCUUCGGAGCGAACCAGGGACCGGGUUUACAGAGGCGGCCGGCGAGUGAUUGGCAAAGUGACCUCCUUUGUCUGCAACAACGACGGCAAGCAGAUCCUUCUGAGCCCUGCGUUCCGAGGUAUCGAGAGCCACAUCAAACUUUACGCCGACGAUGUUGGCCCCCCUGGUUCCAUCCUGCGUAAGAAGCACACCACCGAUGCGGACGAUGGAGGCCGUUUGCCCCAUCUUUCCUGGACGGAUGCCAACCCGGCCAAUGUCAAAUCCUACGCUCUGCUCUGUGAGGAUCUUGACGCUACGUACCCCGACCACAUGAACCAUGGCAUCUUCUACAACAUCCCGCCUGCUCGCAGGAACGUUACUGCCAAUGAUGUCGAGAAACAGGUCGGCACCAACACUCCCCGUCUCACUGCCACCUCCUGGAAUUUCGUGACCACCCACGGCAGCAACACGUAUCUCGUGCCUGAUCCUCCUGCUAAUGAGGCAACCCAUCGCUACGUCUUCACCAUUAUUUCCCUGAACCUGACGCCGCUCAAAUUUACACGCCCGAAUAAAGUCACCAAGAAGGAGUUUCACAAGGCAAUCGAGGGCAAGGUGAUUAGUUGGGGACAGUGGAUUGGAUCGUUGGCUCCUCCCGCUGAUAAGAACGCUUCCGCUGAGGGCGCUAAUGACCAGGCCUCUGCUGGUCAGGCCUCCGCUUCCGCCGGUGAAACUACUGCUGGACAGGCUUCUGCUGGUGGUGAGGCUUCCACGGGUCAAACUGGUAUCGAGGGGGGGCGUGACUACGACCGCAGCCUAGACUGCGUUCAAGGCCAGCCUAUGCAGGAUGGCAAUUGAUCGCGCUGGGCACAUUCAGGACGGGUUCCACUGGUUUACCAGAUACACGACUUUGAUUUGAUUUGAUACUGGGCGUUGGGUAGUAUUGUUUACUGAAAAGCUGGUGUUUUGAUUCUUUUUGAUACUUGUACCUAAUAUGACGCUCGUUAAUGAUAACCAGAGCUUGAUACCACCAUCACUUGGCCUAACUAUCGUAGCAACGGUAUUCAGCCAUGAAUAGACAGAUCAUUGAUUCUCUAACUACCGGACUAUCGACCUAGCAUCCUCAUCCUCAUCAUAACCAUUUGCAACCUUCGAUCCGUCUCCAUCAUCAUCAUCAACCGUCCUCGUGCCGCAGUCCCAGCCAGCAUCUCUUGCGUACAGAACCGAAUCCGACGAAUAGUCGUUAACAACCCCCCAAGCCUGGUCUGCA